CCUAUUGGCAAACGAUGAACUCAUGCGCUACUGAGCUAAUGUCUUUUACAGAGUAAACAAAACAGAUGAAUUUGAAAUGAUGGACAGUUUUGCGUUGGAAAAAAGGAUAACUGCAAAGAUAUCACAAAAUAGUGAUGCUAUUGUCACGAGUCUCUUGCAUGAGGCUCAAUCAAAUGAGCGUUGUAAGGUGUACAUAAGUUCAGAUUGUCAACAAAUCAAAAUUGUUCCGGCUGAAGAUUAUGAUUCACAUCACUUGACUCUGCAGCUGGAUGACAAACUGAAUGUAUCCAUUCUAUCGCACAGUCUACCAGAGAAUGAAAAGUAUUUCAAGCCGGUUGGAACAAUUGAAACACAUUCGGCGACAUUCCUUAGUUUGCUCGAUCAAAUGGCCGAGUUUUAUGCACAAAUGAACACUAUCGAUGAGUUGACGUACGUGGUUGAUCCAGAGGAAAUCACAACCAAACACAAUCAUCGAGUUAUUAAACUGGAAGAUCGAGUGUACAUGAAAAUCAAAGUAGAUCCCCUUGAUCCGUCGUCAGUAACCACAACAUUCUAUGGGCCAACGAAGAAAGUGGAAGAGUAUCGAAAGAUUUACCAUGAAAAACUCGAUGAUUGGAUCGUGAACGAUGAUAUUUACAGAAAUCUCCUGCGGAUUUUCGACUUAAUAGCAUUCCCUCUAAAGAGUUCGUUCAACCACGGUGGAAUGGGUGAAUUGUGCAGCAUCUGCUAUACGUAUCGUUUUGCUGGGCAAAUUCCGAUGGUGUCUUGUGAUAAUGACAAGUGUGCAUUGAACUAUCAUACGGCCUGUUUGAAGGAAUGGUUCGCCACACUUCGUGAUACAAAAGUAUUUCUGAACCUGACGUCAGGUCGAUGUCCGUCCUGUAAAGAGAAACUAUCAACUGCGUUCAAUGAUCUACUAGAUGAAUGAAACCAACGAGCAAACCCUUUUCGCAAAAUCAGUCGUAUCAUCUUUAUUCUACCAACGGCAUAAAACACUCAAUCUCAAUAAAAUGUGUAAAUAAAUUGGUUCACAAUUUGUAGUUCAUGCUUUGCUUGUCCUAUAUUAUAUGAUUAAUAAAUAGCCACUAUAAUUGUGAUCUUUACUCGAAAUAAAA